CAGAGACAGAAAGAAGAAGCAUGAUGGCUGAAUUCAGAUGGAUUAAAGUGUCUUUAUUUCUGAUACUGGGGCUUCAGUUUUCAGCAACAUCUGAAAAAUACACCUCUUUCAUUGUCAGAGAUGGAGAUGAAGUCACUUUGCCGUCAAACGAUGAGAGAGAGGAUCAGGGUCAGUGUCGCAGCACUACUUGGUCCUUCAUUUCAGGAAACUCGCCAACAGAGCUGGUCUUAUAUGGACAGAUACGUAAAAACCCAAAAGCAGACCAACUGAAUAUCACAAAGAACUGUUCUCUGGUUAUCAAGAGAGUCACACCUGAGGAUGCUGGUCUUUACACCUGCCAAAAUCAAUCACAAACUAAUGACAUUUAUCUGUUUGUUGUUAACAUAACUCAACAUCGGGACAACGAGAAGGUGACAUUAAACUGCUCUGUGUCAACAAAUGACGCAUGUAAGCUCACAGUGAAGUGGCUGCAUGAGGUUAACAGAGACAUGAAGACAUCGCCAAGUAGCUGCUCAGCUACUGCGACUUUUCAGACUUCUCUUUCUGAGUCAAAGCAUCAUGACUCAUUCAAGUGUGAAGUGACUGAUUAUACUGGCAAAAAAGCAGUGUUCAGCUAUCAGGUCUCUGAUGAGAAAAUGGGGGAGGACGAAGAAACUACAAUGACAAAAUCAACAACAAAAACACCAAGGACUGAACCGACAUCCACAAAAACACCAGCAACUAGACCAACAUCGACAAACAAUACGACAUCUGCAAACAACAAUUCUCUGACAAAAGGACAAGUUUGGUGGUGGUUCAUUAUUCUGGCUGUGGUUUUAGCAGCAUUGUUUGUCGUGGUGCUCUUGAGGUGGAAGAGAGCUAAAGGGAACAAUAUACAGAUGGAGGAAAACACUGCUGAUCCUGAAGAUGGUGUUGCCUACGUCUCCGUCAGCUUCACCAAGACGGCCACCAGCAAAACCCAGGUUCAAAGAAAUGACCGUGUUGUUGAAGGUGAUGCAGUGACCUACAGCACUGUGAAAGCUCCAUCCUCUUCUGCCGGAGCCUCAGCUGAACCCAGCAACCUCUGAGCUACUGUCAACAAACCAGACAUAUGAAUCUGAAACGCGAUUCGCUGACUGUUCAUAGACAAAUCAGCAUGCCUUACAACAGUAGUUAAAUCUCGCACGUCCACAUGAGUCUAAUAAGGGUAAAAUGGUUUUUUUAAAACAUGGUCCAUAAAAUUAACAUUGAACAUUUUGCUAAGAAAAGUCUUCUAAUCAGUCAUAAAUUAUAUAUUUAAUGUUAGCCAUUAUGUAUACUGUAGAAAACAAAUAAUGUUUUUUACUGUCAAAAACCAUAUUUUACCGAAUUGUUAA